AUGACCAGCAAUGAUGACAAUACAGGGAAAAAACAUGUUAAAUUUAUGAAGACUUGCCUAAUUCCCAAACUCAUGCCUUACAAGGAAUUGAUGGCUAAGGUAAAUGCCAUUAACAUUGGCACCUUACAUGAUGUGAGAGAAACCCUGUGUGAUGGUUUGGAUGAUUCAGACAAAGUAGAUGGGAAGUAUAGUAAUCUCACUGAAUUGCUUUUGAGACUAGCUCAGUUCUACUUAGAAGUUCAUAAGCACCGUGUUGAUAAACUUAACUGGUUUGGCAAGGGGGUGGGAUCUUUUAAGGUUGCUAUAGGGGGGGACGGGGCCCCCUUUGGCAAAGAUGACACAGCCUUAAGCUGGUUAGUGAGCUUUCUUAAUUGUGGUCCCAGAAUUUGUAGCCACAAAGAAAAUUUUCUUUUACGAGGAGCAAACUGUAAAGAGGAUUGUGAACCCAUCAGACGCUAUGUGUGUAAGUAAGCUAACGAAAUGAAUGAAGUAGAGAAGAAAACCUUCCCCUGUAAAUGUUGAUGGCAAGGACAUCACAGUAUCAUUCUCUUUUGAAAUGUUCCCGAACAACAUGAAAUACUUCGCUAUUCUCGCCGGUGAACUUUCCAAUUCUGCAAAAUAUUUCUCGUCAUUUGCUAACACCAACAAAGAUGAUAUUGGUGAUGUUACUGCCACUUUUGGGGUUAAAACCUCAAACAAAUGGCAACCUUGGGGUUAUGCACAGAGAAUUGCAGUAGCAGGUGCUGUAGCUAAAAAGAAAGAAGAACUUGGCAGUUCUGGUUCGCACCUCAAGCCAGCUACCAUUAGACAGAAGGUAACCUCAUUCAUUGCACAAAAAAAGUCUCGACAGGAAUUCCUCCCCUUGCUAGGUAAAGCAAUUGACAAAGUUAAGGUGGAACCCUUGCAUGUCAAAAACAAUGGAUGGCAAAAGUGGCAUUCAACGGUCUUGAAAUAUGUGUUGGCACGUACCAAUGUAAGUAGCUGUGAGAGUGUCAAUGACACUCCUGCCUCAAGCUGCUUUAAAUGGUAUUACGAAACAGUAAGGUUUACCCUAAAGGCCGGAAGACUUGCUAAAAAGGUGAGGAAGUGGUUCUGUGACGGCCGUUUGAAAAACAAGGACCUUGAGUACAGGUUCAUAGGGAAAGAAUCCUUGAUAAUGUGUCAUCAAUUCAUGACAUUGCUUUCUGCUCUUGAACUAGAAGAUGACCAACCAGUUCAUAAUUUUGCUUUGCAUGUGUGUGCUACUAUUGCUGUGAACCUAAGGGACUCUGUGUCUAUAUUCAGUAGAAUUAAAGUGACAGACAAAGAGGUCACAAGUUUAACAGGUGUUACACGCAAUUACUUUAGGGCAUGUGCACUCUUUUCAUCAGUCUCUCCAACUACUUGGACUAUUGGCCAUUGUGUGGCAGCUCACACAAAACAAAUUAAACAGGAGCUUGGUGUGGGGCUUGGGGUCAACACAAUGGAGGGCAGAGAAUCUAAACAUGUCUCUCUCGCCAGGUUUGCACGAAACACUCACCAUUCAACGCCUUGGGUACAGGUAUUCAGACAUGAAUACAUCUCCCUUAUCUGGCUUAGGGAAAAUAGGAGUGAUUUGGUUAAACACACACCCACCAGGAAUAAGUAUAUCCCUGCACGAUGCUUCACUGUCACAUUUUGUCAUUGUGGCAAUCAGAAACCCCGUGGGGAGGUUAAAUGUACUUUCUGCAGUCAUCCCAUACAGCAGACUAUUGAUGAUUGUAUAAAGCAAGGUAAACUGACUGCUCAGGCUAAGAGUUUAGCAGCUAAUGCCAGGGGUCUAAUAUAA